CCUUUUGCCUAUUUUAGCCAUACCAAUUUUGUUGCUGUACUACUUUUGCCUAUUUUGGUUACACGUUCAAUUCAUUAUCCAUGAACUAGCUUAUUGUUGUUUCAAUUAGUAUCAGCAGCAGCAUUGGUUUUUGCACUUGAACAUAGUUUUCAUUUCUUCUCUAGCAUAAAUUUAGUCGUUCAGAAAAUUAAUAUUGUUUUAGAUUUCCACAAAAGAAAGCCUACAACUGUAGGCACGUAGGAUGAUAUUGAAACUAACAAUCAUUCUUAUUGGGAUGCCAUUGACUGGUAAAGGUUCGAUGUGAUUGAAACUGUGUUGGGUUAGUUGGGUAGCCUCCUGUUGUGACCGCUACAAACAAACAAUCUUUAUUUCAGACAAUUGGAGUCAACAUAAACAUUGUUAUCUUGAUGUUCCACACCUAUCUAGUGAAGCAAAUGACAUCUGUUCCCAUGUUCAUUUGCAGGAUCAUUGAAAAUGAAUUAUUUAAGCAGGACUGGAGAUCUAGGAAAAAGGUUCAAAUAUUUCAGUACGUUUUUCUCAAAUGGGCUCUUGCUCUUCUUAUUGGAUUGAGCACAGCUCUUGUUGGCUUCUUCAAUAACCUCGCGGUUGAAAAUAUUGCUGGUUUCAAGCUUCUGCUCACCAGCAAUCUGAUGCUCGCGGAUAAGUAUUAUCAGGCUUUUGCAGCAUUUGCUGGUCUCAACAUGAUUUUGGCCAUUUGUGCUGGAGUGCUAUGUGCACUCAUUGCCCCUGCAGCUGCUGGAUCUGGCAUACCUGAGGUGAAAGCCUAUCUCAAUGGUGUGGAUGCUCAUUCCAUUUUGGCUCCAAGCACCUUAUUAGUCAAGGUGGGUAUAAAUCUUCUGGUGAUGCUCCCACUUCUUGUCUUCUGUAUCUUACUUCCCAGUAUACACAUUUUCCUUGCCAAAGUUAUUGAGUGGAAAACUGUGAUAUUUUCUGAGUGCAUGAGAAGUUACAUCUACACCAUGUAGGGCCAUUCAACAGUUUUCCCCUAAGCCUAAAACAAACUAAGAAGGGAACUUAUGAAGAGUAUCUGUUCAUACAUACACCUUUCUGGCAUUGAAGGUUUCCAUUUGAAUUGGCACAAAAUCUUAGUGAAAGUUGAAGAAGUGAAUUGUUUGUGUAACUCUUCCUUCUUCCCUUCAAGAGUCAUGAUCACAAAUCAUCAUAUAUUACGCCAUAAUUCAGGAAUGGUGGUUUUUGAAAGAGUCUAUUUUAUGAAAGAGGAAAGUGGACCUUAUUUCUGUACAUCACAAAAAGUAAUAAAGGGAUCUUCAGAGAUGGAUGGUUAAAUUAGUAGUAACCAUGAAGAACAGGUUUAUCGAUAAACUAUAUCUAGAAUGCAUUUGCAUAGGUUUUUAGCACUUAUAAAGUAGUCAAUUUGCCCAUUGUAUGGCAUUACUUUCGUGUUCUGGCCUUCUGGGUAACAACUCAAAGUGUGGCUGCUACUAUCUUGAUGACAUGACUAUCAGUUAAGAUGAAGGUGAGAAAGAAUGUAAAACUGAAAGGUUCAGCAUAUUCCUUAAACAAUGGAUCUUGUAUUUUUUUCCAAUAUGCCGUAGUAGAAUAAAAGUUGCUGGUGUUCCAUCGGGAAGUGAAUUACCAAUGAUAUCCAAAGCUGUUAAGCACAAGUCUUACUGUCAGACACGAAUUAUUUGAAGGAUCAAUGCUUUCAAAAUAUGGUUUUGCAGUUAAUAAUGCAUUGUUAUUCUUGUGGCAUGCUCACCCCUGCAAACUUGUUGUAAAUUGGAAGGUACUGAUGUAUUGCUCACUACUUCACUUUAAUUCUAAUACUUUUUCCAUUAUUAGAUUUCUUUAUUUAUACUUGGCCAAAGUUGAGCAAAUGUAACCACAGUGUCCUUUUGCAUUUGAAAACAAUUUGCUGCUGCACUCCU